AUGCCCCCGAAAGAGCCGAUGCUAUGUGCACCAAGAGAGUGUAUCAAAGGGUUGACAAUGAGUGUGCAUCAUUGUCAACUAUCGGAUGACAGUUGGACAAGUUGCCAUGUGUUGCGCGGAACCACGAGAUUAAUCCCUCAAAACCUGGUAUUAAGAGUAUUGGGUGUUAGUUUUCAUAAUUGGGUAACGAUGGGAAGAACAAUUUUGCUCCAUUUGAUUUGUGCAUUUUUAGCUUCCUGGAGUAUUUCUCUGGUGAAAGCAGAGGACGCUUAUAGAUAUUUUACAUGGAUUGUCACUUACGGAACUGCUUCUCCUCUUGGUGUUCCUCAACAGGUAAUCCUCAUCAAUGGUCAAUUUCCUGGUCCUAGACUUGAUUGUGUUACUAAUGACAACAUAGUCCUCAACCUCAUCAACAAGCUGGACCAGCCUUUUCUUUUGACGUGGAACGGAAUCAAGCAGAGGAAGAACUCUUGGCAAGAUGGAGUUUUAGGGACUAACUGCCCCAUCCCUCCUAACUCAAACUUUACAUACAAGUUCCAAACCAAAGAUCAGAUUGGAAGCUACACAUACUUCCCAUCAACUCUAAUGCACAAGGCUGCUGGAGGGUUUGGAGCACUUAAUGUCUAUGCAAGGUCUGUCAUCCCAGUCCCAUAUCCUUUACCUGCUGGAGAUUUUUCCCUACUUAUUGGUGAUUGGCACAACACCAGUCAUAAGGCAUUACAGCAGCUUCUUGAUUCAGGAAAAUCUCUUCCCUUCCCCAAUGGCUUCCUUAUAAAUGGCCAGACUCAAUCUUCCUUCGCGGGUGAUCAAGGCAAGACUUACAUGUUCAGGGUUUCGAAUGUGGGCUUGUCAACCUCUUUUAACUUCAGGAUCCAAGGACACAAAAUGAAGCUGGUUGAGGUUGAAGGAUCCCAUACCAUUCAGAACUUUUACGAUUCUCUUGAUGUGCAUGUGGGCCAAUCUAUGUCCGUCCUGGUUACCUUAGAUCAACCUCCAAAAGACUACUACAUUGUUGCAUCUACACGAUUCACAAAGUUUGUUGCCAAUGCCAUUGCAAUGUUGCACUACUCUAACUCCCAUAACCCAGUUUCAGGACCUGUGCCUCCUGAGCCGACUUACCAAAUACAUGGGUCUAUGCUGCAAGCCAGAACCAUCAGGUGGAAUUUGACAGCAAAUGCAGCCAGGCCCAACCCCCAGGGUUCAUUCCAUUAUGGGCAAAUUACGACGUCAAGGACAAUAGUAUUGUCCAACUCAGCACCUCUAUUCAACGGCAAGCAACGAUAUGCAGUUAACAGGGUCUCUUACAUUAACGCUGAUACCCCUCUGAAGCUUGCUGAUUACUUUAAUAUCCCCGGAGUUUUUAGUUUCGAUUCCAUUCAAAGUGAGCCCUCCGAAGGUCCCACAUCCAUGGCUACGUCUGUCAUACCAGCUUCCCUCCAUGACUUUGUCGAAGUUGUCUUCCAAAACGAUGAAAACACCAUGCAAUCAUGGCAUCUUGAUGGCUAUGAUUUCUGGGUUGUCGCUUAUGGAUCCGGACAGUGGACAAAUGCCAGUAGAAAAAGCUACAAUCUAGUUGACGCCACAACAAGACACACUGCACAGGUAACUCAAAUUAAUCAAGUCAUAACAGAGUCUGCCCUGCCUAUGUUUCCUGUUCUCGCACUUAUCCUUGCUCUUCCUUUCUGUCCACUUUUUAAGUGUUUCGUAGUGAAAUCGAACCAUAUGAUCAUAAAUGUGUGAAUUUGACAUUGGGAAAAAAAGAAAGCAACAGUAUCUUCACUUCGCUCACAGCCUCUAGGCCGAAGUAUUUUGGUGGAUUUGAGUUUCAAAGAUAUAUACUGGGCUUGUAUCAAUAGACCUCCUAUCUUCUUCCUUCAAGUGGUGUCAAAAACUAUUUCUAAACAACGUCGGGAGUACUUCCAACAAUUCCAUUACCUUGUCAUUCAUAACCAAGCAUUUUUUCUUGCAGGUAUAUCCCAACUCUUGGACUGCUAUAUUGAUCUCAUUGGACAACCAAGGGAUGUGGAAUUUGAGGUCUGCAAUAUGGGAAAGGCAGUACCUUGGACAACAAUUCUAUCUGAGGGUCUACACUCCAGUACACAGUCUUGCCAAUGAAUAUGACAUUCCACAUAAUGCUCUACUCUGUGGCAAAGCUGUUGGACUUCAUCCUUAGUGUUAAAAUUUUUUGGGGUAUUCUGUUUUCUGGUCAUAAGGGUUUGACUGUAAGAGAAGACAGGAGAGGAAAAUUGGAUUUUUUUCGUUGUACAUUUCAAAUCAGAUGAAUUUUAUCUACCUUUUAUGAUUCAAAUAGCUUUUUAAGUUGUUCAAAUUAAAUUUCUGGGAAGUUUGUUGCUGGUUGCAAUUAUCCGAUUGUGCAUUGCAACCGUGUGUGCAUAAGGCCGGAGCCAGAAAUUUGUUUUUGGGUGGGCUCUUUAAAUAAGAG